UUGAUAAUAAGAUAAUAAUAAGGUUAGGUUAGAACAAUUAAACUGUUGUGAAUCGUAUAGGUUGUACUCAUUACUCACUUAUAUUGCCAGUAAAAACUUUAUUUAGAACGUUAUUAAUGUUGUUGUUUUAUGUAUUAUGAGUAAAGGCUAAUAAGUGAAUAAGCUGAUAUUUAAUUUUAUUUUUAAAUUUUGUUGUGUAUAAGUGUAGUAUGAAAGUUCUACAAGUUGUGUUUUUAUUUCUAGUACUUUUCACAUCCCACUAUAAAGCCAAAGUGAAUUCAAAAAAUGCAGUGAUUGAAAGUAUCGUAGACAUAAAGGACUUUAAGAAGCUUCUUCGAACUAAAACCAAUGUAUUAGUUUGCUUUACUAGUUCUAUUAAGCAAUCAAAUCAAUUGGUUAAAGUUUUUAAAGAAGCUGCAGAAGUUAUUAAGGGACAUGGUACAAUGGUUUUAAUAGAUUGUUCAGGAGAAGCAAAAAAGAUGUGUAAAAAGUUGAAAGUAGCUCCAGAUCCUUACAUACUAAAACAUUACAAAGACGGCGAUUUUAAUAAAGAUUAUGAUAGAAAGGAAACUCUGUCAUCUAUGGUUAAUUUUAUGAGGGACCCAACAGGUGAUAUACCUUGGGAAGAAGACUCGAGGGCAAAUUAUGUAGCACAUAUCCCUGAUGCAGGAAGUCUAGCAAAAUUCAUAAAAAGGGAAUCAAAACCACUUAUGAUUAUGUUCUAUGCCCCAUGGUGUGGAUUUUGUAAAAGUUUGAAACCAGAAUAUGCAUCAGCUGCAGAAGAGUUGCAAAACGAAGCUGUUCUUGCUGCAAUUGAUGUAAACAGGCCAGAAAAUGCAGUCGUAAGAACACACUACAAUAUUACUGGUUUUCCGACGUUAUUAUAUUAUGAACAAGGAGAACUAAAAUUCCAGUAUGAAGGCGAUAAUACUAAAAAUGCGAUAAUUAAUUUUAUGCGUAACCCUCAAACACCACCUGUUAAAAUAAAAGAACCAGAGUGGUCAGAUGUUGACAACGAAGUAGUUCAUCUUACUUCUUCUAGUUUUGUACCUGUUAUUAAGGAGGAAUCAUCAGUGUUAGUGAUGUUCUAUGCACCCUGGUGUGGUCACUGCAAGCGUAUGAAACCUGAGUAUGAAAAGGCUGCUGCUGUAAUGAAAGAAGAAGGGAUUCCAGGUAUAUUAGCGGCAGUUGACGCCACUAAAGAACAGUCAGUAGCGUCGCAAUAUUCUAUAAAAGGAUAUCCCACUGUUAAGUAUUUCGCUUAUGGAGAAUUAAAAUUUGAUGUUAAUGUUCGGGAGGCUUCGCAAAUUGUCAAUUUUAUGAAAAAUCCUGUAGAGCCUCCGAUGCCCACCCCUGUUGAGGUCAGUUGGUCCGAUGAAAAAACGAACGUCAUCCAUUUGAACGAGGAAAACUUUAAAACAUUCUUGAAGAAAAAGAAACAUGUGAUAGUUAUGUUUUAUGCACCUUGGUGUGGACAUUGUAAAAAGGCUAAGCCAGAAUUUACAAAAGCUGCAGAUGCUUUCAAGGAUGACACAAAAAUCGAGUUUGCUGCCGUAGAUUGUACGGUUCACCAGGGUAUUUGCAAAGCCUUAGAUAUCACUGGUUAUCCCACAUUUAGGUAUUACAGUUAUUAUUCGAAAGUUGUAAGACAGUACACAGGAGGUAGAACGGUGACUGAUUUUAUAAGAUUUAUGAACGAUCCUGAUAAUUUUGAAACAGGGCCUUUGAAGAUCCCUAAACAGGAUGACGAUAUCGGUGAUAAAGCUACCUCAUUAGUUAAGUUCACAGACCAGAACUUUACAAAAGGAGUCUCAAAAAGUGGUCUGGCUUUAGUCAUGUUUUAUGCUCCAUGGUGUUCACAUUGUAAAACGGCAAAACCAGAGUUCGCUAAAGCUGCAGAAAAGUUACAUAAAGAAGGAGUGUCUUGUCAAUUUGGUUUGGUAGAUUGUACAGAAAAUCCAGAACUGACUGACGAAUAUAACAUAUCUGGUUACCCAACUAUUAAAUUAUUUAAAAAUGGAAAAUUCGUGAAGAAUUAUACUGGAAAACGAACUGAAGAUGAAUUUAGGAAGUUUGUACAAGUUGUCAAUUUAAUUAAAGAUGAAUUAUAAACUGUCGCAUGGCCACAUUCCAUAAUUAUUUCUUAUUUACACACUAUUUAUUUAUACAAAUGAAUUUACGUAUAUUUACAGUUUGUUGUUUUUGAUAUUGUAAUUUAUGAUGAUGCUUUAGUACUUGAGUUUUACCUCUUUUAUUGUAAAUGAAAAUUUGAUCUGAGUAAUAAAAAGUGUUUAUAAGUCA